AUGUUGAGUUCUCCACGACGAUGGUUCUUCAUCUCCUCUCCGCUCCUUGUUUUCGCCCUCCUCUACUACCUUUUGUCUACAUACAAUCAAAUCCGGGUGACCACGGAAGUGAAUCAGUCCGCCGACCUGGAGCCGACCCAACCAACCCCGCAGCCUUCGCCUAAAAUCUCUGCCGAAGAAGAACAAUGUGGACGCAUACGUCGCGACAUGGACGAGGUGAUGGUGAUUCUGAAAACGGGCGCAACAGAAGCCCAAGAAAAAGUUCCAGUGCAGCUACGCACUGGUCUCCGGUGUGUCCCACACUUUGCAGUGUUUUCAGAUUAUGAAGAAGUCAUCAACGGUGUGCGCACCUACGAUGUCCUGCAAAAUGUAUCUCAGACUACCAUGGACAAGGAGCCGGAGUUUGAAUUUUACAAACGUCUGCAAGAGGUUGGCCGUGACGGCUUGACCGAGGAAGAUUGGGGCGAUGACACCAACGGCCCCUUCGGCAAGGUGAACAAUCCGGGCUGGAAGCUGGACAAGUGGAAGUUUCUUCCCAUGACAGAGGAAGCGCGGCAAAUCAUGCCCGACGCCAAAUGGUACAUCUUCAUCGAGGCCGACACCUACAUCGUUUGGCAGAAUCUGGUCAACUGGCUCGCGCAUCUGGAUUACACGCGCAGUUACUACCUCGGCAGCCCGAUGCAGAUCGGCGACAUCCUCUUUGGGUAUGGUGGAGCUGGUGUCAUUCUAUCGAACAAAGCCAUGAACCGUCUACACAAUUAUCAGACCGAAGCUAUGGAUGAAUUGGAGCAAAUGACCGCCUCCGAAUGGGCCGGAGACUGUGUCCUGGCCAAGGCUCUCCAAAGCACGCACAUCUUCUUGACUUGGGCCUGGCCCAUGAUGAUGACUUCUCGGCCAUGGGAGGUUGACCACUUCUCCGAGGCCUAUGGCCGACAGCCCUGGUGCUACCCAGUGAUCUCAUACCAUCAUAUGAACCCCGAUGAUAUCGAGGAGAUGUGGCAGUUUGACCGGGGUUGGUUCCAGAGUGGCAAGAAUGCCUUGCUGCUCCAUGCCGACGUGUACCGCGAGUACGUCCACAAUGAAACCCUCUCUCAGCUUGAUGAUUGGGAUAACCUGUCCGGGGCCGAUAUCAUCUUCGAUGAACCCACUCUUCCUUCCGUCGACUCAUGUGCAGAUGCUUGCAUGCAGAAUACCGAAUGUCUUCAAUAUUCGUACCACCACGAGGAGAGUUCGUGCAAACAUGCUGCCACUACGUUGCAUGGCGUCCGCAGCAAUGGAACAUCCUCGGGCUGGAUCCCUCGUCGUGUUCAAAAGCUGUUGAAUACCUUCCAGUCAUCCUGUCCUCAGGUCGAGUACAUUGUUGACUAG